AUGCAGAGGCCACCACCGGAAGAUUUUCUGUUGAAAGAGACCAAACCUCAUCUUGGAGGUGGAAAGGUUUCUGGUGAUAAACUAACAAGUACUUAUGAUCUUGUUGAGCAAAUGCUAUACCUUUAUGUAAGGGUUGUUAAAGCGAAGGAUUUGCCUUCGAAGGAUGUUACAGGAAGUUGCGAUCCUUAUGCAGAAGUUAAGCUUGGGAACUAUAAAGGAACUACUCAGCAUUUUGAGAAAAAGACGAAUCCGGAAUGGAAUCAGGUUUUUGCUUUCUCGAAGGAUCGGCUCCAGGCGUCGGUGCUUGAGGUUACUGUGAAGGAUAAGGAUGUUGUGAAGGAUGAUUUCAUUGGUCGUGUGUGGUUUGAUUUGAACGAGGUUCCGAAACGGGUUCCCCCGGAUAGUCCGUUGGCGCCGCAGUGGUAUAGGCUGGAGGAUAGGAAGGGAGAUAAGGUUAAGGGGGAGCUGAUGCUGGCUGUUUGGAUGGGUACGCAGGCUGAUGAAGCGUUUCCCGAAGCUUGGCAUUCGGAUGCUGCGACUGUUAGUGGGACCGAUGCGCUUGCGAAUAUUAGGUCUAAAGUUUAUUUGUCUCCGAAGCUUUGGUAUUUGAGAGUCAAUGUGAUCGAGGCACAAGACUUGCAACCAACUGAUAAGGGUAGAUAUCCGGAGGUUUUCGUGAAGGCUAUUUUGGGGAAUCAAGCAUUGAGGACUAGAAUUUCUCAGAGUAGGAAUAUUAAUCCAUUGUGGAAUGAAGAUUUGAUGUUUGUUGCUGCGGAACCGUUUGAGGAGCCGCUGAUUUUGAGUGUGGAAGACAGAGUUGCUCCUAACAAAGAAGAAGUAUUGGGGAGGUGUGCGAUUCCAUUGCAGUUUAUGGAUAGGAGACUAGAUCACAAACCGGUGAAUACUAGGUGGUUUAAUCUUGAAAAACACAUUGUUGUUGAAGGGGAGAAAAAGAAAGAGAUUAAAUUUGCUAGUAGGAUUCACAUGAGGGUUUGUCUAGAAGGUGGUUAUCAUGUUUUGGAUGAAUCAACUCACUACAGCAGUGAUCUUCGCCCGACUGCGAAACAACUAUGGAAAUCUGGAAUUGGUGUUCUUGAAGUUGGGAUAUUGAGUGCACAUGGUUUGAUGCCGAUGAAAAAUAAAGAUGGGAGAGGGACAACAGAUGCUUACUGUGUAGCGAAAUACGGGCAGAAGUGGAUCCGAACAAGGACAAUCGUUGAUAGCUUCAUGCCGAGGUGGAAUGAGCAAUAUACUUGGGAGGUAUUUGAUCCUUGCACUGUUAUUACAAUUGGUGUAUUUGACAAUUGUCAUUUGCAUGGUCCUGAAAAAGCUGGAGGGGCAAAAGAUGCUAGAAUCGGUAAGGUAAGGAUCCGUCUUUCGACACUUGAGACUGAUCGAGUUUACACACAUUCCUAUCCACUUCUAGUUCUUCACCCGAAUGGUGUGAAGAAAAUGGGUGAAAUUCAAUUAGCUGUGAGGUUCACUUGUUCGUCUUUGCUCAACAUGAUGCACAUGUAUUCACUACCUUUAUUGCCGAAGAUGCACUAUAUACACCCUUUGACCGUUAGCCAGCUCGACAGUUUGAGGCAUCAAGCUACUCAGAUUGUUUCAAUGAGGCUAAGUCGCGCUGAGCCGCCACUGAGAAAGGAGGUAGUUGAGUAUAUGCUUGAUGUCGGUUCUCACAUGUGGAGUAUGAGAAGAAGCAAGGCUAACUUCUUCAGAAUCAUGGGAGUAUUGAGUGCACUUAUCGCCGCAGGAAAAUGGUUUGAUCAAAUUUGCAAUUGGAAAAAUCCCAUUACAACCGUUCUGAUUCAUAUCUUGUUUAUAAUAUUGGUCAUGUAUCCUGAACUUAUCUUACCUACAGUUUUCCUUUACCUCUUCCUGAUUGGAAUUUGGCACUACAGAUGGAGGCCAAGACACCCUCCUAACAUGGAUACUCGACUCUCUCACGCCGACUCGGCUCAUCCUGAUGAACUCGACGAAGAGUUCGACACAUUCCCAACUUCGCGGCCUUCUGACGUUGUGCGGAUGCGAUAUGAUCGUCUCAGAAGCAUUGCUGGUCGUAUACAGACUGUGGUUGGUGACUUGGCUACUCAAGGGGAAAGGCUGCAGUCCUUGCUGAGCUGGCGUGAUCCGAGAGCUACUGCCCUGUUUGUGAUUUUCUGUCUGCUUGCUGCUACUAUACUUUAUGUAACUCCAUUCCAAGUCGUGGCCCUCCUGGCUGGAAUUUAUGUGCUGAGACACCCGAGGUUCCGUCAAAAGCUUCCUUCUGUGCCGCUUAAUUUCUUCAGGAGGCUGCCUGCAAGAACUGACUGCAUGCUUUGA